AUGGUUAUUCAUAUCCAGCCGUACGACUCUUCUCGGUUUAACUCCUUGCCAUCUCUCUAUGACGCCGGAAGCGUCUUUGAUACGAUUAACGGGAACAAGUUUAUAGAAGAGGUUAUGAAACCUCUCUUUAAAACCUACGGAGUUGAGCGUUCUCUUGGUUUGGCUCUUAUGCACUCGCACUUCCAGCUCGAAGAAAAUGAGAAAUUGGUGGACAUUCGUGGUACUUCAGUUCCAUGGACUGGGUCAGGGGAAAACCCAACAGUAUGGCAUCUAGCUGAUAAUGUGCUCCGGCCUUACGAAUUCUCCCUUAGCUCUCAUAUUAAAACACCAGACCGGAAGUCCAGCAAUUACCAAGGGUUUUUGAUGGCUUUUCGUGAUGCACUGGGGAGUGUUGGGGCACAAAGAAUUUUGGGUUUUGCAAAUACCCCGGUGAUGACUUCGAGGGCCGCGUUGAAACGACCAUCGGCAGAGCAAAUGCCGACAUGUUCCUUCCAGGUCGACGCCGCGAUGCAGCCUGGCUUUUUUUCCGAUGAACUCAGGGACGACUCCUGCAAGUGUACCUGCGUCGUGAUAAAAUAUGAGGAUGGCUAUGACGGCCAUGAGCACAACGGAAUACAUCUGGUGGUAGGAUGA